UAGCAAAUCAUGACUGAUUACUCCCUUCUACAUUCUUCAAGUCUAUCCACAUCUUCCAUUUAUUUGCAGGAUGAAGUUGAGCUACAUGGCACGCUCUCAUUGGAUAUGGUUGCAACCCGAAAAUAAACAUGCCUUGCAACUGCUAAAUAGCACACGGCAAUAUGAUAGGACUUCAGCGCAGGAGUGUUAUCGAUCUCUGCAUGUUGGGGCACAUCUAUGACUGCUUGACUUUAUGUUGCAGCCUGGUAUCAUGCUAUCAAGAGCUUCCCUAUCUCAUAAAUAUUAAGCUUUCCCCCGCAGAGAUCAUUCAUGGACCAAGCACCUUUGACACUUCACCCCUCGACCCACCCCUUUGUAUACUUGGCACGUACCUUGACCUUUAUUAUCACUUACAGCUCCCCUACCAGGAGUUUCAAUAACAGACCAUCAACCAUCAUCAGCUGUCAUCAACCAUGUUCGGACUCUUCGGCGGCAAGUCGUUUGAACCUGCAAAGGACAUUCCCGACCUUUCCGGCAAGGUCAUUAUCGUGACUGGAGGAAACACUGGUCUGGGCAAGGAAUCAGUUCUCCAGCUCGCAAAGCACAAUCCCUCUCAAAUUUACCUGGCCGCACGCACGGAGUCAAAGGCCACCUCUGCAAUCGAAGAGAUCAAGUCUCAGGUUCCCAAUGCGAAAGUCGAGUUUCUUUCUCUGGAUCUGACCGAUUUCGACUCGGUCAAGUCUGCUGCUGAGACCUUCAAGCAGAAGGAGCAGAGACUGGAUAUCCUCGUCAACAAUGCUGGUGUGAUGGCAAUGCCUUACUCGAAGACCAAGCAGGGCUAUGAGAUUCAAUUCGGAACCAACCACAUGGGCCACGCCUUGUUCACCAAGCUUCUUCUCCCUACCCUUCUCAAAACAGCUGAAGAGCCCAACGCCGAUGUCAGAAUCGUUACCCUGUCCUCUGAAGGACACAACCUGGCACCCCGAAGCUGCGGCGUCAUCUACGAUCAAGCCGCCGCCGAGACCUUUGGACCCUGGGGACGUUACGGCAGCGCAAAGUUGGCCAAUAUCCUCUACUCACGUGGUCUGACUGCCCACUACCCUUCGCUCACUUGCGUCGCUGUACACCCUGGUGUCAUCAAGACCGAGCUUUACAACUCUACCGAGAGAGACAAUGCGUUGAUCAGAUACGGCCUUGCUGCUGUGGGAAACAUCUUCAUGGCAUCUGUGCCUCAGGGAACCAAGAACCAGCUGUGGGCCGCUACUGCUGCUAAGGAGGAGGUCAGAAAGGCUUACUUCUUUACUACACCUGUUGGCAGCGCUUCUCAGGGCAGUGGGUUCGCCAAGGACCAGAAGGGUGUUGACAAGCUUUGGGAGUGGACGGAGGAAGAGUUGAAGAAGCAUGGGUACUGAUGAGCGAGAGACUGAAUGCUGUGGGAGAUGGUAGAGGACCUGGGACGCUGAUCGCGGUGUAAUUGUUAUUGUUUUAGACUAAUUUUGUUUUUUAAUGAAUACUCUUAUUUUCCAGAAGC